AUGGAAAUAACUCAACAUCUCUGUCUUUCAUCAGCACCGUCACAAAGUCUCAACUCGGUGGCUGCAUUAGGGAGGCAAAGCUCAUCAGCUCCAUUCUUAAAUGCUCACUCAGCAGUUGAAAGACCAGAACAGGUCCGUCCUUCAUUAGGACUAUCCGGAAAUCGGAACUCAAUGUGUGCAUUAGGGGAGCAGAGCACGUCAACUCCAUUCUUAAAAGAACGUGCAGCAGGUGCAAGACCAGAACAGGUCCAUCCUUCAUCAGGACCAUCGGGAAAUCGGAACUUGGUGGGUGCAUUAGUAGAGCAGAGCUCAUCAGCUUCAUUCAUAAAAGAACGUGCAGAUGGAAUAACUCAACAUCUCUGUCUUUCAUCAGCACCGUCACAAAGUCUCAACUCGGUCGCUGCAUUAGGGAGGCAAAGCUCAUCAGCUCCAUUCUUAAAUGCUCACUCAGCAGUUGAAAGACCAGAACAGGUCCGUCCUUCAUUAGGACUAUCCGGAAAUCGGAACUCAAUGUGUGCAUUAGGGGAGCAGAGCACGUCAACUCCAUUCUUAAAAGAACGUGCAGCAGGUGCAAGACCAGAACAGGUCCAUCCUUCAUCAGGACCAUCGGGAAAUCGGAACUUGGUGGGUGCAUUAGUAGAGCAGAGCUCAUCAGCUUCAUUCAUAAAAGAACGUGCAGCAGUUGAAAGACCAGAACAGGUCCGUCCUUCAUUAGGACUAUCCGGAAAUCGGAACUCAAUGUGUGCAUUAGGGGAGCAGAGCACGUCAACUCCAUUCUUAAAAGAACGUGCAGCAGGUGCAAGACAAGACCAGAACAGGUCCAUCCUUCAUCAGGACCAUCGGGAAAUCGGAACUUGGUGGGUGCAUUAGUAGAGCAGAGCUCAU